AAAGCACCAUUUUUUUGUUUUUAUUUUGAUUCGAUUGAUAUUCGAACGCGGAAGUGGUUUCGUGUAUUGACGCUCGCAUUGCGAAACAUGUCCAAUUGUUAUUUUAGAAAUAUAUAAACAUGUCCAAAUUAUGGUGAAUAACUCGUCGGCCCCGUAGUAAGAAAAGCAAACCUAAAAUAUGGCCUCGCGAGGAGACAAAGGGAAUGGAAAUGGCGAGGAGCAGAUCGUUGAGACGUUGGCGGAGGUGUUCCGCUGCUUCAUCUGUAUGGAGAAGCUGGUGGACGCACACCUCUGCCCGCACUGCUCCAAGCUGUGUUGCUAUGCCUGCGUGCGACGAUGGCUGACUGAGCAGCGAUCGCAGUGCCCGCACUGUCGGGCAGCCCUGCACCUACACGAGCUCGUCAACUGCCGCUGGGUGGAGGAGGUCACCCAGCAGAUUGAGACCAUGCAGCAGAGCAACUCAGCUAGUCAGAGGGAAAGCUUCAGGGAUAGUGCCCUGAACAGGUGUCCGACACACCAAGAGAAGCUGACGGUAUACUGUUGGACAUGUCGGCGCUGCAUCUGCCACCAAUGUGCUCUGUGGGGCGGCACUCACUCGGGACACACCUUCAAGCCCUUGGAGGAAGUGUAUGAGCAACAUGUCACACAGAUCCGUGAUGAAGUGUUCCAGCUGAGACGUAGGCUCACAGAGCUGAUUAGUCUGGGGCAAGAUGUGGAACGCAAUGUGGAAUCGGUACGCGCAGCUAAAGACGAGCGCGUGCGCGAAAUUCGCAAUGCGGUGGAGCUGAUGAUAUCGCGCCUGGAUUCUGCGCUGAAGGCCAAACUCCUCACACUCAUGGGCCAGAAAAACAGCCUGACGCAGGAGACGGAACAACUUGAACAUCUCCUGCAAGAGAUUGAACAUCAACUGCAUUCAAGUACCAGGUCGGAAUUGAUUGCGAAGAGUGGUGAACUGUCGAAGAUGAUUCACCAGGUUCGCAAGAAACCGAUGGCAAGCUUCGUGACUGCGCCGGUACCGGCCGAUUUCCAUAGUGAAAUCGUCCCGAGCUACGACAGCAGCACGUUUCCCCUGAGCAACUUCACGCAGCUGCAGCACGCGGCGGCGCCCGUGUACUCCGCGCCGCUGCACGUCAACGGGCUCUGCUGGCGGCUCAAGGUCUACCCCGACGGCAACGGAGUCGUGCGGGGCAACUACCUCUCCGUCUUCCUCGAACUCAGCGCCGGACUGCCCGAGACGUCCAACACUGCUAAGUUAAGAGUAGGCAAGAGAUACGAGUAUCGGGUGGAGAUGUUGCACCAAGUGUCGCGCGACCCCUCAAAGAACAUAGUGCGGGAGUUCGCCUCGGACUUCGAGGUCGGCGAGUGCUGGGGCUACAACCGCUUCUUCAGGUUGGACCUGCUCGCCAGCGAGGGGUAUCUGGACCCGGAGACUGAUACUCUUAUUUUGAGGUUCCAAGUGCGCCCACCGACGUUCUACCAGCGCUGCCGCGACCAGCAGUGGUACAUCAACCAGUUGAUCACCAUGCAAAACCAACACAUUCUACAAAUCAAUGAUCUCAAAGAGCGUCUCUCAUUAGAGAUGUCUCGCAACUCUAUCGCGGCGACCCGUGCACAGACCGGCUCCAAUACUUCGCAGUCCAACGCCGGCAGCACCGACACGGACAAUCCUUCGCAGAACAACCCCGUCGAUGGAAACAGUCUCAGCGAUUCCAUCGUCUUCGGGAACCAGUGGAAGUUUAGCGCGCCACAUAGCAUCAUGAGCGGACAACGCCUCGCCAGUCCUGUGAGUAUGGUGACGUGCGGCGAGUGCGGCGGGGGCCGCUGCGCGGACGAGUCGCGCAACAACGACGUGGCGGGCGCCGCGCCCUACGGGGACUACCGACACCCCACCCACGCCACGCACGCGCUCGACGCCCCCUACAACCUGCCCUCCACCUCAAGGUCUGCGAACUCCCUGCACGUGUCAGGCACGGGUACGGACAACAUGGCGCUAGUGUCCCUGCAUACGUUACUGAGCGCUGCGCAGGCGCCGCCCUCGCGCGUGCCCAGCAAGCUGCCCAGCAAGCGACAGGCCGAGCCGCGCCCGGACAAACAUCAUGUGCCCAAUAAGGACUCGCAGCUUACUGCAGUAUCGAGCAGCCCGGUGACGGAGUCCAACGCGGCGGCGGCCAACGUAGUGCUGUGCUCGUCCAUCUCGUCGCCCGAACUCAACGCGGGCGCCAAGAUGGAGCCCGAGCCCGCCUCGCACCCGCUGCACGCCGCCUCCGAGAGUAGCAGCGACACUGGCGACUUGAUGUUCAGUGAGCUGGAAGUAUUUGCUGAUGAAAAUAACCCAAGCCACGUGGACGAGAACUCCAAUGAAGAGAACGAUGUCGACGAUGAAACUAUGUCAGGGGAGAACGACAUCGAGGCGGCCCACCUAGCCAGUGGGUCGAGUGGGUCGGGCGCCGACAUCCUGCGCCGCCUGGUGUGCGCCGUGGCUUCACGCGGCGUGACCCCGGCCGGCACGGACGGGUCCGGCCCGCCCGCGCCGCCCCGACACGACCCCGACCCGCAGCUGUCCACCGCCGCGCAUACUGACAUGUUGCUACUCAACCUCAUGCGCAUCAAUGGACUCACGCCUAAGCACUCGCGGCAUGGCGGCAGUAAGCGUCAGUGGAGCAGCAGCGCGGCGGGGUCGGAGUGCGGCGGGGGCGCGACGCGGCGCGGGCCGUGCGCCACGGGCGGCGCGCGCCCCCGCACGCGCCCCGCCACGUCGCCCGCCGCGCCCCGCCAGCGCCGCGCGCCCCCGCUGUCGCCCGGACAACUGCGACACCGGGAGACGAGGCACCCUGCUACAUCGUGCUUGGGCCUGAGCUUCGCGUCGACGCCGCCGGGCACGCCGGAGCGGUCGGCGCUGUCGCCGGUGUCGUCGCUGUCGCUGCACGACUACUGGCCCUCCGUGUCCUCCGUCAGCGACGCGGACGACGUGGAGGCCGUGCUCGAUUACAACGUAAAUAACGAUGUUCAGCUUAAUGACACGUUGUUCGACAUGUUGCUGAACAGCCUGGCCAUCGACGGGGGCGCGGGCGAGGCGCUGGGCGCGGAGGCCCGGCCCCCCACGCCGCCCGUGCAGCCGUGGUCCCCCCCCGCCGCGCCCCCCCGCCCGCCGCGCCCCCCGACCGCGCGGAUUGACCGCAGCGCGCCCGGGCCCACCACCAUCACCGCUACCGCCGCGAGUACCACCAUUAAACAACCGGUGUCCACGCGCCUACACUGGUACUAGCCCGCUCGACAUCCGUCGCAGUAUGACAGUAGUGCCAGUGUAGCCGUGGCACCGCCGCACCCGAUCCCGCUCGCCGUCGAAGUCGCGGCUGACGUCCCGUGACGUAGUGGGCCGGCGCCGAAUGUAUCGACAGGCAGGCCGCCUCCCCGGUCGCUCCCAGUAGCUCCACGGCCGCUCCCAGUAGCUCCCCGGCCGCUCCCAGUAGCUCCCCGGCCGCUCCCAGUAGCUCCCCGGCCGCUCCCAGUAGCUCUCCGGUCGCUCCCAGUAGCUCUUCGGUCGCUCCCCGCGCUCUAUCUUAUGUCUGAGUGGUGGAUCUGAGCUCGCCUCUCAGUUCUAGGAACGUUUUAUUAGAUUUAAUUUGGCACGAUGAUACUCUUUAUGAUAUUUGAGUGUGCCACCUCUUAAGUUUUUUGAGGGAUUCGUGUCUCCUCGUCACUUAGGUAGUUAGAUAACCACGUAUAAAAAGUACGGGCAUUAGGUAAAAAGACUCAAAAUUGAAACGAUCUCUUUAUAUUUAUUUUUUUAGUAAUUAUUAAUGUUUAUCAGUACAAUUAAUUACUAGGGUGAACCGAGUCUGAUUCGCCCGCUAAAAUACUAAAGUGCUAUUUUUGUUCUAUGAUAUGAAAUAUUUUUGUAAAUUCCCAGGCUCGUCAUUGUCCUAAAACGCUUACUAGAAUUUGCAUUUACUUUAAAAGUCUGUUACUAAGAACUAUAUCCCAAUUUCAGCUCAUUAAGCGCUUGCCAUCAUACCGGGAGUAAUAUAAGUAUUGCCAAUUGUAUUUGUAGAGCUUCAUAGACAGUGUUACUCAAUGUAGGAAACAUAAUAUUGAUGUUCGUUUUACUAAAUAACUAAAUAAAAUACAUGUAUACUCAAUAGCUGUUUUUGAAACUAUAGUAAGACUAAGCUAUCGUGUACCUGUCGAGAGAUGCAACAUAAGUACAGGCUCCGUCGAAUAUAAUUACUCGAGCACAAUGUACUGGAAGCGAGAGUACGCUCUCGACGCGUGCAACGAUCACAUUUCAACUCUUCAACUAAGUUACGUGUCAUUUGGUGUCGAUAGUUCAAAUAAUAUUGAUGUUUCUUGUGAUUGUAUCGAUCUCCGGUCGCACCGGGCGUAGUGUCAGUGUUAAGUAUUUAAUCUGUUAUAUUAGUUAGGGACGACAUGACUGAAAAGUUCAAAGUGUGUGAUUCUGUAAGGUUACGAUGAGGAUCGAGUAAUGGAGUAGCGUUAAGCACGUUUUAUGUAUUAGUUGCUGUGUUGACAAAAUUAUCAAAUUAAAAUAUUGGAUUGCAUUAUCGAAUUAACAAUAUUUAGUAAUUUUAGCCAAAUAAAUAAUAAAAUUGAAAAAAAAAGGAAUUUUAUUGGUACAAUGUAACUUUCUAAUUUUCCGAGAUUGUAAUGUUUUAAUUAUUUAUUAUAUUUUUAUUCCAUAAUAGUAACAAAAGGUUAUGUAUUGAUGUUAUGAUUAAAUGAAUGUAAUACAUAUUAAUAAAAAUUCACAAA